UCCCCGUGCGGGCGGCGCGGCGCAGGGUUAGGUUGCGACCGGCGGCGGCGAUCGGAGGCGGGGUGGGAGGAUUGCGUCGGAGAUCAGAUGUCGCAGAAGCGGCAGCCGGAGGAGGGCGAGCGGCCGCGGUGGGGAGGCUGCGGAGGCGGCGUCCCGGCCGAGUCGGGCGGGACCUCCUCCCCCGGUGAGCCCAAGCGGCAGCGGGUCCCCGCGCUCCGCGAGGUCAUCACGGAGGUGAUGCGGAAGAGCAGCAUCGAGAAGCUCUUCUCGUCGAUCGAGCCCCUCAUCCGGAGAGUGGUUAAAGAAGAAAUUGAGUUGGCCCUCGCAAAUCAUGCCGCUAUGAUGACAAGAAGUCCCACGUACACUGUUCCAUCUACAUCGAAAAAUCUGCAGCUCCAAUUCACGACUAAGCUUUCUCUUCCAAUUUUCACUGGUUCCAAGGUUGAAGGCGAGGGUACCUUAAGUAUUGCUCUAGUGGACACUUUGACCAGAGAAGUUGUAGUAAUGGGCACAGACUCCCUGUUGAAGGUUGAAAUAGUAGUUCUAGAGGGUGACUUUGAAGACGGAGAAGGCAAUGACUGGACAGCUCAGGAGUUCAAUAAUAACAUCGUUAAAGAAAGACAAGGUAAACGACCCUUGCUUUCUGGAGACGUGUUUGUUGCCCUUGAUAAAGGCAUUGGUACAGUGGGAGAUCUAUCAUUCACAGAUAACUCCAGCUGGACACGCAGCCGAAAGUUCAGGUUAGGUGCAAGAAGUGAGGAUGGUUGUUUUAAUGGCGUAAGAGUACGGGAAGCAAAAACUGAAUCGUUUGUGGUAAAGGAUCAUCGUGGAGAAUUGUACAAGAAGCAUCACCCACCAGUUCUUGAAGAUGAUGUUUGGCGACUGGAGAAGAUCGGCAAGGAAGGAGCUUUUCACAAGCGUUUGAAUAAGGAGAAGAUAGUUACGGUCAAAGAUUUUCUCACUUUAUUGCAUCUUGAUGCUCCUAGGCUUCGGAAGAUAUUGGGCACUGGCAUGUCAACUAAGAUGUGGGAGGUUACUGUUGAGCAUGCGAAAACAACGUGUGUUCUCAGUGAAAAGGUGCAUAUUUACUACCUAAAAAGCCCAAGCAAAACUGCUGUUGUGUUCAAUGCUGUUGGAGAAGUGAGAGGGUUAAUAUCGGAGAAGUUUGUUUCUGCUGAUGAUCUAACAGAAAUUGAGAAGGCCGAAGCACAUGCUGCUGUGAAACAAGCAUAUGAAGACUGGAAGAAUGUCUCGACCUGUGACAGUGACACGCUUGUGGAGAAUCCAUCACAGCUCUUCAAUAUGAGAUCUCCAUCUUUGCAUGAGAACGGAUUUUACCAGUUGCCUACACAAGUUUUAACUGACGAUUUUGAUAUAAGCCACUUGGACAUACCAUCAGAUGACAUUUUCUCUGUUGAACCAUCAUGUGCCUUGGAUCCUUGUGCCGUGGGAGCUGCAGAAAGCAGUGAAAAUAGAUUUCAGUCCGAGCUUCCCCCACUUGGUGGCCAUGGACAGCCUCGAGAAUCACACGCGUUAGACAGGUUCUCAAAUUCAUUGGUUUUCGAGGAGAGCACCAGUCAUGCCUCAUUCAACGAAGACUACUAUUGCCGUCCAGGUCCAGAUCCCCCAGUAUCCUUUGACUCACAAGAUCUUGGUGCUGCGCUGAAGGGCUUCAUCGCGACGAUAUCAAAGCCCAAGCCAUAUAGAGGAUGGAGGACGCUGUCAUAUGUUAUAGGAUGGAUAUUCUACACCAAGAGGAUGGCCGCUCAGAAGAGGAAGAAACCCGGGAAAUGAUGAUUUCCAUUUGCCUGCGGUUGAUUAGUUAAAAAAUGUGAGAUAUAGAAGUGCAGGAAAAGGAAAGCGUGUACAAAUGAGUGGUUGGUUAUCUGUUAGAACAUUUUUCUUUUGCGCGCUGAUCUUGCUGGUGUUCUCCCGUUUUAUCAGCGAGAGUGACGCCUGUAAAUAAUCAGAUGAUUUUUUUUGCUGGUGUCUCGAGCCGUUUUAUCAGCGAGCGUGGCACCUGUAAAUAAUCAGAUGAAGCUCUGUACAGUACAUAAUGCGUAAAUAUGAACGAUGGUGCUAUGGCAUGGGCUAUCAUCGGCGUGUUAUUGGUA